AUGGCACCCGCGGCGACAGCAGCAGCAGCAGCAGCAGCAGCAGCUGCUGCGGGUGCGGCGCCGCUGGCGCUUGGCCAGGCCGUCCUCAAUCUCAUGUCCACUUUGAAGCAGAGGCCAAGAGGCGCGCAAGCGGGCGCACUCGCCCGCGCCGCCCCUGCGCUGGCCGCGUUGAAGGCCGCGGCCGAGCGCGACCGCGAGGCCUGGUCGGCGGCGCCCCAGGACCGGCGCGCCGCGGCGGCCGUGCCGGGCCCCGCGCUGCAGCAGCUGGUGGCAUGCCUGCGCGCGGCAGACGCGGGCAUUGUCCAGGCCGCGCUGCAGGCAGCGCGCGUGCUCGCUGAGGGUGAGCUCGGCGCCGGGGCCGGGCGGCGCGGCUCUCUCACCCCUCCGCCUACCGGCGACGCCGGCCCACCAACGCGCGCGGCCAACCUUGGUCCCGGCCCAGGCGGCCAGGCCGCAGGCCCCCGGCCGAUGCAGCUUGCGUCUGCAGACGGCCUGCUCACGCGGGCGGUCGCAUGCCUUGGCAGCGCCAACGCCGCCACCGCGCGCGACGCGGCCGCGGCCCUUGCCGCGGUGAUGCUCGGCGGGGAGGGGCCCGUGGGGCUGCUUCUGCGGGAGGAGGGCGCGGCGCCCGCGUUGCUGCGGCUGAUGGAAUCCGAAUCCUCUCAGUUCACACGCUCCCAGACCCGAGCCGAGGCCCUCACCUGCCUCUCCCUCCUCGUCAUUUACGGCGGCGACGCCGCCUGCGACGCAGCCACCGCCACCCCGGCCUUUGCCACGCACGCCUUCGCCCUUUACAUUGGCGGCCCCGCGGCCUCCGAUGCGGACUGGGACACCCCCACCACAGCCCUCCUGCUCAUCGCCCAGCAGCGCCGCGCGCCGCCGCCCGGCGCGCUCCAGCCCGGACGCGCCUACAAUUUGCUGCUGCUCGCGCUCGGCAAGGCAGGACGCGCGAAGAUGGCGCCCGGCUUCGCGCGCGCGCUGGCGGAAUGCAGGAAGGCGAAAGAUGACGUCAGCGGCGAGAGCUUAAUCCGGCUGCAUCACGCCGUGCAGCUGCUGCGCAUGCUUGGGGACGACGAGCCGGGCCUGCUGGCCGCGCUGGCGCGGGCGGCACCGGCGGCGGUGUGCGACCUGGCGCACAUUGCCAGCGUUGAUUACGGAAACGUCUACGGCAUCGACGCAACACAGUCAGCCGAAGGCCAGCAGUACAGGUACACAUGCCCGGGGAUCGUACUGCACACGGCACCGUAUUGCCUGCGGGAAACCGAGUGA